CCAGGAAUAUCCUUGUUAUCCCUCAGCCUCCUCUGAACGCUCAGAUGUUGGCGCAGCGGCAGCGGGAGCUCUACAGCCAACAGCACCGGCAGCGGCAGCUGAUGCAGCAGCGCGCCCUCCUCCUGCGCCAGCAGAGCUUCGGCAACGCCUCCGGAAUUCCGGUGCCCCUCGGAGGCGCCCGGUUGCCCCAGGCGCCCCCCCAGCAGUUCCCGUACCCGGUGCCCAGCUACGGCGCCGGCGCCAGCAACCCGCCCUCCGCCGGCGCCGCCGGACCGUUCUCCGGCGCCGAGGCGGCGGCGGCGCUGGCCGGGCGCCGCGGGAGCGCCGUGGGAGCGCAGUUCGGAGCCGGGAUGGUGGCGCCCGGGAUGCAGCAGAACGUUUUUCAGUAUUCCGGAGCAGGGCUGGCCCAGCAGAGCGAGUCCUUCGCGCCGGCGCUGAGCCCCGGCAGCCCCCUGGUGUCCCCCCAGAUCCCGCCGGCCCAGAGCCCGAUGCUGCCGCCGGCGCCGCCGGCACCCGGAUACCAGUCCCCCGACGUGAAGGGCUGGCAGCAAGGAGCCAUGGGGAAUAACAGCGUGUUCAGCCCGGCGGGAGCGGCUCCGGCGGCGCCGGCACAGCCGGGAAUGUACAACAACAUGAGCAUCACCGUGUCCAUGGCCGGCGGCGGCUCCGGCGUCCCCACCAUCAAUCCCAUGGGAGGGCAGGUGCCCGGGAUGAACCCCCUGCAGAUGCCCGGGAUGAAUUCCAUGUGCUCGGAGCAGGUCCCGGAUCCGGCGCUGAGACCAGCGGGGCUCUACUGCAACCAGCUCAACUCCAGCGAGCUGCUCAAGGCAGAGGCAGACGGGGCCCAGGUCAGUAAAGAUUCCCAAAAAAAUGGCUGGAGAUGGUGGAGAUUCCCCAAAAAAAUGGCUGGAGAUGGUGGAGACUCCCCAAAAAAAAUGGCUGGAGAUGGUGGAGACUCCCCAAAAAAAAUGGCUGGAGAUGGUGGAGAUUCCCCAAAAAAAUGGCUGGAGAUGGUGGAGAUUCCCAAAGAAAUGGCUGGAGAUGGUGGAGAUUCCCCAAAAAAAUGGCUGGAGGACCCCCAGGACGGUGGAGAUUCCAAAAGGAUGGUGGAGAUUCCAAAAGGAUGUUGGGUGACAUCUCUUGGGGUUGAAACCACCACAGUCCCACCAGUGUUGGGUGACACCCCUUGA